AUGUCCAUCAACAUCUGCAGAGACAAUAAUGAUCCUUUUUACCGUUACAAAAUGCCUCCUCUACAGGCCAAAGUAGAAGGUAGAGGUAACGGUAUCAAAACGGCAGUUUUGAACGUUGCAGACGUUGCUCGUGCUUUAAACAGGCCCUCGCCAUACAUCGUCAAGUACUUCGGUUUUGAAUUGGGUGCCCAGACCAGUAUUUCUGUCGAUAAAGAUAGAUAUUUGGUGAACGGUUCUCACGAACCUGCAAAGCUACAAGACGUCUUGGACAAGUUUAUCAGCAGUUUUGUUUUGUGUGGAAGCUGUAAAAACCCUGAAACCGAGAUUGUGAUUACCAAAAACGGGGAUUUGAUCAGAAACUGUAAAGCAUGCGGUAAAAGAACUCCAAUGGACCUUAGACACAAAUUGUCAUCAUUCAUUCUGAAGAACCCACCUGAGUCCAUGGAGGGGAAGAACAAGAAAAAGGCUGCAACUGCAUCCGCCAAUAUUCGUGGUGGUGGUGUUUCUAUCAGUGACAUUGCUCAAGGUAAGUCUCAGUUUUCAGCUCAAAGUGCUGAAAAAACAGAAGAAGACCAUGGUGGCGACUCGGACGACGAUGAGCUAGCUCGUCAAAUCAACGCUGCUGCUUCUCGUUUGGAAGAAAUUGAUGUGGACGACGACGAGUGGGCCGUUGACAUGUCUGAAGAGGCCAUCAGAGCUCGUGCAAAGGAGUUGCGUGCAGCUGAAGGUGAAGACAUAGAGCACUCAACCCUAGAGCAAUUUGGAGAAUGGAUCCUGCAACAAGAUGAGAUACCUUCUGAUGUUGAUCUGUAUAAGAAAGCUUCUGAGUUGGACCUGCUGCAAGAACCAAAAGUUGCGUGUGUCCUUGCCCAGGCCCUCUUCGAUGAAGAUAUUGUAGAGGAGGUUUCUGAACACUCUGCUUUCUUCAAGAAGCUUUUCGUGACAGAGGAAUUCGAAAACCAGUUCUUGGGUGGUAUUGAAAGAUUUCUCGGUCUGGAACACAAGUCUCUGAUACCAGCACUACCCAAGAUCUUGGUGCAACUUUACAACAACGAUAUCAUUUCCGAGGAAGUUAUCGUCAAGUUUGGUACCAAAUGUUCCAAGAAAUUCGUGCCAAAGGAAGUCUCCAAGAAGGUUCGUAGAGCCGCAAAGCCAUUCAUCACUUGGUUGCAGACCGCUGAAUCCGACGACGACGACGAAGAAGACUCGGAGUAA